GCGUGCCUGGCCGGCCGGCCCCGAGCGAAGAUGGCGGCGGGGGAGGUGAAGUCGGUGCUCUUCGUGUGCCUGGGAAACAUUUGUCGCUCUCCAAUAGCUGAAGCAGUUUUUAGAAAACUUGUAACUGAUGAAAAAGUUGAAAAUAAGUGGAGGAUAGACAGUGCAGCGACAUCUGCCUAUGAAAUAGGAAGCCCUCCUGACUAUCGAGGACAGACUUGCAUGAAGAAGCAUGGCAUUACCAUGAAUCAUAUUGCGAGGCAGGUUACUAAAGAUGACUUCCAGACCUUUGAUUAUAUACUUUGUAUGGAUGAGAGCAAUCUAAGAGAUCUGAAAAGGAAAAGCAAUCAAGUUAAAGACUGCAAGGCCAAAAUUGAACUACUUGGAGCUUAUGAUCCACAGAAACAACUUAUCAUUGAAGAUCCAUACUAUGGGAAUGAAAAGGACUUUGAAACUGUUUACGAGCAAUGUGUUAGAUGCUGUAAAGCAUUUUUUGAGAAGUCUCAUUAAUGCUUCAUCAUUUUAUUUCUAAAAGAAAAUAAUUAGCUUCUCCUGAAAUAUGUAAAGUUUACUUGAUUGAUGUAUUUAAAUUGUAAAAUUACGUCUCAGUAGGUUCAAAACUUUUUCAGUUUAAUUCUACGUUUUAGCUUUUCUGUCAUCUAAUUAAAAAAUAUAGCAAAGUUUUAAUUGGAUUAGAUGAUCAACCAUUUUGUCACACAUCAGUGUAAUAAGGAAGUAUAUCACUCAGAAUAAAUUUAUCUGUAAACUCUUCCAGUGCUUUCUCACAAGCACU